AUGGCAGCAACAGAUAUUGUGUCGGUUGACCCAAAGGGAGAUGUCAUUCUUCAGGUCAACGCCUCGCCACAAUCAACGGCAAGAAGCUUUCUUGUUUCUUCGAAAGUCCUAUGCCUCGCCUCCGAUUACUUUGUCGCGAUGUUCAACUCUCGAUUUGCAGAAGGGCGUCGACUUCAAGAGGAAGCUUGUCCAACCAUCACGUUAGAGGAGGAUGAUCCUAAUGCGAUGCACAUCAUCCUUAGACUUCUACACCACCAGCACCAUAAUAUUGAGCUACAGAUGGAUCCCGAGCUCCUUGCCAGCGUGGCCAUCCAUUGUGACAAGUAUCAAUGCCAUCAAACAUUGAGACCUUGGGCAGUCCACUGGUGUGCAAGCUGUUCCAAAGUUUCUGCAUCAGAGGAUCUGGGCUAUCUUCUCCUGGCGGCACACUUGUUCCGUGUUCCAAACUUCUCUCAGAUAUCAGCGCAGGCUUCCAGACAUCUACAGCCCGAGUUUGGGCGGGUUUGGAAACAGCACAAUGUUCUUCAGCGCUUGCCCGACACUUUGAUAGGUAUUUACUUGACUAACACCUAUUACAUGCCACAAAUUCUUACGAAUCUACAGAUGCAUUGA